CCUCCCAUCCACAUAUAAUCUGUGCAUUUAAUGUCUAUAUGGCUGCCCAGAGCGUCGCCAGCCCUCGUCGCUCGCACCUCUAGUCGCCAAAGCCAGCUCGUCAACUUCCGCAUACUUCCAGCGACCGGUCAGCGCACACGCACACCCCUAACGCCGCCGCCAGCAUUCGCCCUCCAUAGACGCUAUGAAAGCACAAAACCGACCCCGGAGAAUGUGAGGAACGCAUCGACGCAUGCGUCUGGAGAGGCGGAAGCGACUGCGGAGCCCAAGGCGACUCCACCAACCCCGAAAGAGCCUACGGAAAAAGCACCCCUGGCGACGAGAGUGUGGAAGAAGGUCAAGCACGAGGCGCAGCACUACUGGCAUGGCAGUAAAUUGCUUGGUGCGGAAGUGCGUAUAUCAUCAAGACUGCUGUGGAAGAUCCUGCACGGCGAAAGUCUUACAAGGCGAGAGCGCAGACAGUUGAAGCGUACGACGCAGGACAUCUUGCGUCUCAUUCCCUUCGCUGUCUUUGUGAUCGUGCCAUUCAUGGAGCUGCUCAUUCCCCUCUGUCUUAAACUCUUCCCGAACAUGCUGCCUUCGACAUUUGAGGACAAAUUCGCUGCACAAGAGAAACAGCGAAAGUUACUCCGGGUCAGGCUGGACAUGGCCAAGUUCCUGCAAGAAACGUUACGUGAGUCGGGCCUGAAGGCAAACGCGCACAUCGUGGGCAGUGACGCCUUCAAGGAGUUCUUCCGCAAGGUCCGGUCCACUGGCGAGUCCCCCUCCGCGCACGACGUCAUCAAUGUCGCCCGGUUAUUCGAUGAUGACCUCACGCUGGACAACCUUUCCCGCCCGCAGCUGGUUUCCAUGUGUCGGUAUAUGGGCAUUAAUGCAUUCGGUACGGACAACUUCCUGCGGGGUACGAUACGAACACGGCUACUGGAGCUCCGGCGCGACGACCAGCUAAUUGACAGCGAGGGCGUGGACAACCUCAGCACAUCGGAGUUGCAGGCGGCAUGCCAGAGCCGCGGUAUUCGUACCAGUGGUGUGUCGCCCGCGCGCCUCCGCGAGGAGCUUGCGACGUGGAUUACUUUGCACCUGCAUAAUCGGGUAAGCGGCGUGCUACUCGUGCUUGCGCGAGCGUUCCAGUUCGACAAGAAGCCGGGCGAGGACGAGGAUGGCAAGUCGGGGAUCAUCAAGAGUCUGGAGUCUGUCUUGUCUGGCCUGCCGGACAACUUGCUGAAUGAAGCUGAGCUCGAAGUCGACUCUGACAAAGCGAGCUACAAGCAGAAGCUGGAGGUCUUGCAACAGCAGGAAGAGCUCAUCGAGGACGAAGAAGAACAGGAGCAGAAAGAGGAGGAUGCCCGUCGCGCGAAGAAGGAAGAGGAGGCACGUUUGGCAGAGUCUCUUUUGCCUGAGUCUGAAUUCCGGCCCGACCAGGUUGAAGAGGGUGACGCCCGCAUGACUACCGAGCAACUGAAGGAACUCGGCGAGGCGCUGUCGAUUCUGUCGGCAAAGUCUAGCGUUCUCAAGGAGCGUGACGAGAUGCGCGCUCUGAUGGAGGAGAACAUGAAGGCUGAGGAGCAGGACCCCAAGUCGCCAGAGGCGGCGCUGACGAAGCGCAUCCGAACCAUGUUGACCAAGAUUGACCAGCAAAUCUCGGAUUACGACGCGCGUGUCGGUUCGUCGCUGCAGAUGAUCUCAUGCGACCCGCAAGGACGCAUCUCCGUGGAGGACCUCGAAAAGGCGCUUGCAGUAAUUAAGCACAAGCCAGAUGAGGACGUCGGACACAAGGUCAUCGAGAAGCUGGAUGUCGACAAGGACGGGUUUGUUGAGCUCGAGCACGUACUGGGCCUAGUAAAAGAGGAGGGUCUUGGUACGCUUCUGGAUGACGAGGCACAGUCCAUUAUUGGACAGGGCAAGGAGUUGAUGAAGAGCAAGCCGAGGAAGGAGGAUAUCGUACAAGAGUAAUACGUCGUAUUGUAGAUCCUACAUUAUUCUAUAGACCGCAUCCGCGCUGCUCUUCUGUCUCUGU